AUGUCAUGUCAGUUCCAGCCUUUCUGUUGGAGUGAAUUCUUCAGCACCCGUGGGAUUGACUAUAAAGGGGAUGAAAUAAAGACAGCAAGAAGUUUCUGCUGGGGCAACAUUGAACCUGCCCUCCCGGCUGAGAUAGGGAGGGUCCCCCUGGAAGAGGUCUGCACUCUGGGGGCUAGGCAUUACGUUGAGAAUUUCGAUGGUUUUUUGAAGGAUAAAUCAGCGUGGGUGUUGUCCAAAGCUCCAAGAGUGAUGGUGGCAGACGACCAAUGGCCCGAAGUUUGCCGUGGGUUGGUUAGCGCAGGUGUCUGCGCCUACCUCCCGGUGGAGGAGGUCUUUGACACAGGUCAUGGACCCCUCCUUAAUGGGCUGUUCGGAGUAUCCAAAGAGGAAUGGGUCGGUGAAACGGAAGUCUUUCGUUUAAUCAUGAACUUAAUUCCUCUCAAUCGUUUGGCCCACCCACUGAAAGGCGAUGUUGAGACGUUGCCUAGCUGGAGUCUGAUGAACCCCUUCUUCCUUCAGCCGUCCCACAACCUCCUGAUUAGCAGUGAGGAUGUGAGGUGUUUCUUCUACACCAUGGCGGUGCCACACGCUUGGUACAAGUACUUAGCAUUCAACAAACGAGUUCCAGACUCAUGCUUGCCAAUCGAGUUGCAAGGGCGGGAGGUGUACCUUUGUUCCAAGGUCCUCCCUAUGGGGUUCCUCAACUCCGUGUCGUUGGCACAGCAUGUCCAUCGCAACCUCGCAAUUUGGAGUGGUGGUGGCGACCCAGGUGGGCUUAACCCUCCGGAGGGUGAGAUCAGGAAGGACCGGCCGAUUACUGUCCGGAAUCCUGCUUGGCGGAUUUACCUCGACAACUACGACCUUCUUGAAAAGGUUGAGGCCUUGGGAAUCGGGAGUCAGGAGGGAACCCUGGCUCCCUCGGUCCUGGCCUUACGCCAAGAAUAUGAAAAAUGGGAAAUACCCACAAACUUCAAGAAGAGUGUCAGCCGUCAACUUCAAGCAGAAGUGCAAGGCGCCCACGUCGAUGGUGAAGAAGGCGUGGCGUAUCCCCGGAACUCGGUGAGGUCAUCCUUGAAGCUCAUCAAGAUCUUGAGUUGGUGUGCCAGGAAGGAGGUGAUGGAUUUGUUCACUCCUUCGGGCCUGGUCUACAUGCAGAUCGCCCUCGCUGCCCUGCUUCAAGGUCAGCUGUAUGCGGAGUCACCCAAAGCGGCCAAGAAAGAAGCAGCGACCUUUGUGACGCAGAUGUGCCCCGGGUACGGCCACGGCCUGAAGCCUGUGAUCGUGAAGCCGGUGAACUCCACCAGCAAACCGUUCCGCACCACCAAAGACGGCGUGAUUUCCAGCCUCGUGGGCGGCUACGAAGAGUUUCCCGAGGAGUCCAGGGAGCCCAGGGAGCCCAGGCAACGUGGCAACGGUAAAGGGGUCAAGCCCUUGGGGAAAAAAUAG